UCUCUUCCCUUUUUCGCUCUCCCUAUCUCUCUCUCUGCAGAGCUUGAAAAAAGGUGACGGCCAAAUUGGCGUUCUGAUCUGCAGCGAAGAAGCCGAAGAAACGCGAAGCUUUCCCACAUUGAUUUUCUCAAGUUGAUCGAAACCCUAGAACGAAGAUACAGGAGAAAAGGAAGAGGAAGAAGAAGUUUUUGUCUCUCGAGCAUUUUGGUUCGCGAUGGGGUUGUGGGAAGCUUUUCUCAAUUGGCUUCGAAGUCUCUUUUUCAAGCAAGAGAUGGAAUUAUCUCUGAUUGGGCUUCAGAAUGCUGGCAAAACGUCGCUUGUAAAUGUUAUUGCAACGGGUGGAUACAGUGAAGACAUGAUCCCAACGGUAGGAUUUAAUAUGAAGAAGGUGACUAAAGGCAAUGUAACAAUAAAGCUUUGGGAUCUUGGAGGCCAACCAAGGUUCCGUAGUAUGUGGGAAAGAUAUUGCCGUGCAGUUUCUGCAAUUGUUUAUGUUGUGGAUGCUGCUGAUUAUGAGAACUUGUCUGUCUCAAAAAGUGAAUUGCAUGACUUGUUGAGUAAGCCUUCACUGAAUGGAAUCCCCUUGCUGGUAUUGGGUAACAAGAUUGACAAACAAGGAGCUCUGUCUAAGCAGGAUCUCACAGAACGAAUGGGACUGAAGUCUAUAACUGAUAGAGAAGUCUGUUGCUUUAUGAUAUCGUGCAAGAACUCCACCAAUAUUGACACUGUCAUUGACUGGCUCAUAAAGCAUUCGAAGUCGAAAAACUAAGCUGCGGUGUCUGCAAUAUCAGGUUCCAACGUCUAAUUGUAAGAGGCAUAUUUCUAGUUGUGCAAAUAUGUCAGUUGCCCAUCUGAGCUUUGCUGAUAUCCAACUUCCAUGUCCUGUUUUGUGUUUAUACCUUGGCAGCACGUACCUAUGUACAUUGGUUUAGAUUUGUAUUUGAGGGUUGUGAUUAUUGUCUUGUUGUUGGGAGGGAAAAAGGGGGGGGACUCAGAAACAGAGGUUGGUUUUGAUUGUUGCUAUAACUUCGAUUUGACGAUGUGAUUUAAACAUUUUUCCCAUUGUAUGAUUCUAUCUAUCACUUGAACCAGUUUUU